AUGGCCGCCGGUCAGCGACAAGCCUUCGCGGCGAACUUCGCGCCGCAAUCCUCUGACGUGUCAGUCCAGGUGUGUCACAGCUCUGUUAACGACGACUUUGACCUCCAGCGAUUUUGGGAAUUAGAAACAAUUUCUGAACAAAAGUCUCUCACUCCUGAUGAACUUUUGUGUCAAUCUUUUUUUGAAAACACGCAUACGCGUAAUGAGUGUGGGCGAUACGUGGUCGCUCUUCCCUUCAAACCUGACGCACCGCCCCUCGGCGAGUCGCGGGAUAUUGCUAUUUCUAGAUUUCGUAAAUUAGAGUACAAACUCGAGCGCAAUUCGCAGCUCAAACAUGAUUAUCACGCGUGCCUCCAGGAGUACUUAGAGCUCGGCCACAUGGAGCCCGUCGAUAGUCCAGCAGCUGCAGGUGGUAACUAUUAUAUACCGCACCACGCCGUGGUCAAAGAAUCUAGUGAAACCACCAAAACCAGAGUAGUUUACGACGCAAGCUCUAAGACUACAAACGCUGAUAUCAAACAAAUGUAUCGUAACAUUAUGAUUCGUGAAUCGGAUAGGGAUUUUCAGCGUAUAGUGUGGCGCACCUCGCCCGAGGAGCCCCUACGCGAUUACAGACUUUGCACUGUGACCUUUGGAGUUAGCUCAUCGCCCUAUCUUGCUCUUCGCACCAUUCAGCAGCUCGCUCAUGACGAGGCCGCACGCUUCCCGCGCGCAUCGCAGGUCCUCAUGCGCGACGUAUUUGUAGACGAUGUCGUAUCAGGUGAAAGUGAUGAGUCACGGGCUCUCGCCCUACAACAAGAGUUGAUAGAGCUAUGGACGUGCUUGAAACUUUCAAGGUAA